AUGAAACAAAGAAAAUUAGAUUUUGACAAUAAUACAUCGGUGUCUCAAAACAAAAUUAAUGAUCUCAUUAUGAAAUUUAUAGUAAAUGGACUUCAAUCAUCAAGAAUUUUUGAUACCCAAGCCUUUAAAAAUCUUGUGGCAGACCAUGAAAGGGUCUAUUGUAGAGUGGCGGAUUCCGGCCAGGAAAGACUCCGCCGAGGUGAAGGCUCGGGUGGAUAUUCGUAUGCGGACGCGGUUCGGGACCACGUGGUGCGGAAUUCGAAUGCCGCCCGGCGAAAAUUUACAACAUUAAUGAUUAAUGCUUUUGAAUCAUCUAUUUCAGAAAAAUCUGUUUUAGAACAAGGGUUUGAUAAUGAUGAUGACGAUGAUACUGAGGAAGACUAUGAUAAAAUUGAGAUAGCAUCUAUUGAAAACAUUGCAAGAGAUGCUGAAUUAGACCCUGAUGUUUACAUAAUUUUGCCACCUUACUAUCCUUGCUCUAGUCACACUCUUAGUCUUAUUGCUGUGAUUGAUUCUCAAAAAGCUUUAAAAGAAAAUGCAAUAUUCAAGAAACUUCACAAUUCAAAAAUGGCAAAGUGUUCGGCACAUCUUCAAGAUCAAUUAAAAGUUCAGAUGCUAUUGAUAAAAUUGUAG